AUGGGCUGUACAAUUAGUUCUAUGGCUCUAGAAGACGAGCAUGAUCCUUUCUUGCAGGGCAAGAGAGCAAACGACGCAAUUGAACAGUCGCUCCAAUUACAAAAACAAAAAGACAAAAAUGAGAUUAAGCUGUUGUUAUUGGGGGCAGGGGAGUCUGGAAAGUCUACGGUGCUUAAGCAGUUACGUUUGCUCCAUCAAGGAGGAUUUAGUAAUCAAGAGAGGUUGCAAUAUGCUCAAGUCAUCUGGGCAGAUGCUAUUCAGUCAAUGAAGAUCCUUAUAAUCCAGGCACGCAAAAUGGGAAUUCCACUGGACUGCGAUAAUCCGCAAAUGCAUAAGGAGUUGUUUGAACAAAAGAGAUUGGUUUUGAAAUCCAAGCCAUUGGAACUCAUCGAUGCGGGGUUGGCAGGAGGAUCGAAUUUUCUCAACGACUAUGUCCUCAAAUACUCCACCAGAAGCGAGAACAAGAGGAAAUUUCAAAGUACAGGGCAGGCAGAGGCGUUUGACGAUGCGGCGGGUCAACAAUUAGGUGAAGCUGCAAUUGAUUUGCAAGAACUGUCGGAGGGGUUAAACGAGAAUGGCAAUGGGCCUGUUUUCUUGAAAGCCCCACCGGCAAGCGCGCCCAGGACAUAUACCAACGAAGAUAUUGCAGCUGCUGUGAAGCAGUUAUGGACUGAAGAUCGGGGAAUUCGGCAAUGCUAUGCACGGUCGAAUGAAUUCCAACUCGAAGGUUCAGCUGCAUACUACUUCGAUAACAUUGAAAACUUCGCACGCCCCGGUUACGUAUGCACAGAUGAGGAUAUACUCAAAGGCCGCAUAAAGACUACAGGAAUCACAGAAACGACAUUCAAUAUUGGGUCUUCUAAAUUCAAAGUUCUUGAUGCUGGAGGCCAGCGCUCAGAAAGAAGAAAAUGGAUACAUUGUUUCGAAGGAAUCACCGCUGUGCUAUUUGUGCUUGCGGUCAGCGAGUAUGAUCAAAUGCUAUUCGAAGACGAACGCGUGAACCGCAUGCAUGAAUCAAUCAUGCUUUUCGACACCCUGCUCAAUUCCCGCUGGUUUAGUGACACGCCAUUUAUCCUGUUUCUCAAUAAAAUCGACUUAUUCGAGGAAAAGGUUGCACGUUCGCCCAUCCGGCAGUUCUUUCCCGGCUACCAAGGACGCAUCGGUGACGUGGAGGCAGGACUCAAGUAUUUCGAGCAGAUAUUUCUAAGCAUGAAUAGGUCUCGAAGACCGAUCUACGUCCACAGAACAUGCGCUACCGACAUUCAGAGCAUGCGCUUCGUUCUUACCGCUGUGGCAGACCUGAUUAUCCAGCAGAACCUGAAGAAGAGUGGUCUGUUGUAG